AUGCCUGUAGUUGUACCUAGUUGUCUCUUAGCUGCACCUUCACUUGUUCUAGCACUGGCAGCUAGGUCACCUGGUUUGAUUACUGGUCUUGUUGUUGGUGGUGAGCUGGAUCACGUUGAGGACGCGAUGCGGGAAGAUGAUUCGGACAAUGAGCCCGAUCACAUAUCGGGAGAUAAGACUCCAGUGGCCCCACCUGCACCUCAAGGGCCAUCCAGUUCUGGGUCCCACCAACAACUGCCGCAUUUCUCAAUGCUGAACGUGGAAACAACUAAGGAGAAAGCUGUGAUAAGUGUUAAGGAUUAUAGCAUUCGUCGUGGAGUUCAGUAUCGGGUUAUGGAAUCAGAUCAUCUGAAGUAUAUUGGGAGAUGCAAUGAGUUUAAAAGCGGCUACACGUGGAUGAUCCGUGUGGCACUUCGACAGCGCAAGGGUAACUGGGAGGUUAGAAGGGCGGAUGCAGCGAUUACCAUAAAGGUGUUGCAAGAAGCUAUUAAGUCAACCUACGGAUCAGGCCUAGUUAUAGGAAGGUGUGAAAGGCAAAGCAGAAGGCAGUCGCACAGAUUUACGGGGAUUGGAAAGAGUCGUGAUAAGGUUGAUGAGUCUACAGAGUACUUUUAUCGACUUUUUUGGACAUUCCCUCCAUGCAUUGAGGCUUUUAAACAUUGCAAGCCACUAAUCAGCAUUGAUAGUAUGCAUCUAUAUGGGAAGUAUGGCGGGACUUUGCUUCUGGCUAUUGCGCAAGAUGAAAACUCGAAUAUACUGCCAGAAGGGAUUUUGGUGAUCUCCGACAGACACAAUGGCAUUAAGGCUGCAUUGGAGGUACCAUACAGUGGUUGGAAACUGCCUCAUGCAUAUCGGGCGUAUUGCAUUCGACACGUUGCAGCUAAUUUUGCUCUCAGUUUCAAGGGUCAGGAUGCAAGGCAGAUGCUCGGAAAUGCGGUGUAUGCCAAGAUUGAGGCCGAGUUUGAUUACUGGUUUGAUAUUAUGAGAACUGAGAAUCCGGCCAUGUGUGAUUGGGCCAACCGACUGGAGUACGAUAAGUGGACCCAAUACUAG